UCCAAAUUCCUGUCUGUGUUAAUAUGUCAUUGGAACAAACUAUUUAUAGCAAGUGUAGCACGUGCUGGUUCUAAAAUUAAAUCGUAAACACGGAUUUCAGUGUAUGAACAGCAACAUUCGCUGACUUAGAAGCGCUAGCAGUAUAAACAGUUUUUUUUAUAUUUUGCAUGGGGUGUAACUACUAACUGUUAUUAAUUCACAUUUUUGGUUUUGACUGAGAGAAAACAACCACGAUGAAAGAGGAAGUAGAACGAGGAGGGUGGGGAGGGAAGCUUGACUUCAUCUUAACCUGCAUCGGGUAUGCCGUUGGGCUGGGGAACAUCUGGAGGUUCCCGUACCUGUGUUACAAAAGCGGUGGAGGCGCCUUCCUGAUUCCCUACUGCCUCUUCCUAGCCCUGUGCGGGCUGCCUUUGUUUUUCCUGGAGGUGACCAUCGGUCAGUUCUCCAGCUUGAGUCCUGUUGCUAUCUGGAAAGUUGUCCCCCUUUUCAAAGGUGUUGGGGUGGGUAUGCUGUGCUGUACCGCCAUCGUGUGUAUUUACUACAACGUCAUCGUCGCCUGGAUCGUGUACUAUCUGUUUAUGUCCUUCCGGUCCGUGUUGCCGUGGGCCAGCUGCGACAACUCAUGGAACACGGACAGAUGCACGGACUUCCGGGGCGCGAAAAACCAGACGGCAGUGGCCUUUCUAGGUAACUUGAGCCGGGAUUCGUUUUUCAACAAAACUGGUGAUGUAAUCUUGAGGAACGGAAGUGAAUUUUUGUUUACCAAGAGCAACAGGUCGGUUCCAUCAAGCGAGGAAUUCUGGGAACGUCAUGUUCUGGAACUGAGUGGUGGCAUAGACUCACCUGGUACCAUCAGAUGGCAGCUGCUCAUCUGCCUGGCCUUUGCCUGGAUAUGUGUCUUUUUUUGCCUGUUCAAAGGUGUAAAAGUUCUAGGCAAGGUGAUGCACUUUGCAGCCCCCUUCCCAUACUUGGUUCUACUUGUCCUUCUUGUAAGGGGUUGCACUCUGCCCGGUGCCAUAGAGGGCAUUAAGUUCUACAUAGUGCCCAGGUGGGAGAAGCUGGCAGAUUACACAGUUUGGGGAGAUGCAGCUUUACAGAUCUUUUAUUCAGUAGGGAUGGCUUGGGGUGGGAUCAUCACUAUGGCAUCUUACAACAAGUUCAGCAACAACGUCUACAGAGACUCUAUGAUAGUUCCAUUGGUGAACUGUGGCACCAGUGUGUUUGCUGGCUUUGCCAUCUUUUCUGUGCUCGGCUAUAUGGCACAUGAAGCCAACACAAGCGUGGAUGAGAUUGUAACACAGGGUCCAGGUCUUACAUUUGUUGCCUACCCACAAGCCCUUGCUACACUACCCAUCUCACCCCUGUGGUCAGUGCUGUUCUUUCUGAUGCUGUUCACUGUGGGUCUGGACAGCCAGUUUGGGAUGUUGGAGACCAUUCUGAGUGGAGUGAUGGAUGAGUACCCACAAGCACUGAGGCGGAGGAAAACAGCCAUAACUGCUGUGGCAUGCUUUGUUGAGUUUCUACUUGGCUUACCGUGUAUUACACAGGGUGGAAUCUAUGUGCUACAGAUCAUGGACUGGUACUGUGCCAGCUUUUCUCUCAUGCUCAUUUCAUUAGCUGAGUGUAUGGCUUUAGCCUGGGCUUAUGGGGCUGACAGCCUAGCCAGAGAUAUAGCAUUGAUGAUUGGCUAUAAACCCCACUUUUGGUGGAAAUACAUGUGGAAGUACAUCACACCUACUGUGGUAUUGUUUAUCUGGGUGUUCAGUGUGAUUACGUUAACUCCGGUGACGUACGGUGACUACUCCUACCCAUCAUGGGCUGUAGCUAUUGGCUGGUUGCUGGCCGUUAUCUCAGUCAUUCCCAUUCCAAUGGUGGCCAUGCUGCAGAUUCUCAAAACAGAGGGAUCCUUCAUUGAACGUCUGAAAUUAUUAUUGAGACCUGAUCCCACUUGGGGUCCAUCAAAACCAGACGACAGGAGACGCUAUAACGCAGCGCUGGGUAAAUUUAAUAUGGAGGCUGUCGCAAUGAUGGGCAACUCAGUAGACUACUCCAACAACAAUGGAUGCUGUGAUGAAUCCUCCCUGAUGGCUUAGUGAAGGAAAUAGUACAACAUUUUAUAGAUAUAGGGUUUAUUUGAAUGAUGUUUAUGCCAUGUUGUAUUUUUGUUUGAUGGCCAGAUAAAUAUUUAAGUUAAUGGAACAAGUAUAUUUUAAUAUAUAGUAGUCUUAGUCCAUGAAUUCUUUUAUGAAUUCUAUGGUUUAGUAGUGAAUUAGAUCUUUUAAAAAUGUACGUGUUUAUGUUAUUGUAACAUACAAUACUUGUUAGUAUAUACACAUAAUUAAAAUAUUUAUAUUAGAAUUUUAAAAAAAUUAUAAAUUUUAUGUAAUAAUUAUCACUCUUGCCAUUUGAUUUUUGUGUUUUUACCUUUUUAAAAUAUAGAUAUUUAACAUAAUGUAAAAAAACAUCAUAAAAUUUAAGAAAAUUAAAACCCCUGGUUUAAAAUUAAAAUUUAAUAAUGAGAAUAUAUUUCUUAUGCCUGUUGAAUUUUCAUCUUUGUAUAUUUUUUUAAUGAUUUAUAAAAAAAUAAUUUUUAAACCUUCUAGGAUAAGAAAAUAUUUAUAGUCAAACUAGUAUUAUCCUAAAAAUAUAUUUAUGAUGAUUAAAAUUAUUCAUCAAAUUUUUUUCCUCUUCUAAUAAUUUUGUGCAUAGCUUGCAUAAGAGGAUUAUACAAGGAUGGGUCCAAUCUAUUGGCCAAUUCACACAAGCCAGAUAAUCUUAUAGUUUGCAUAAUUCUGUAGUUAGACCACACAUUUUUUGCAGGUCUCUAAAGACUAUGUCUAUUUUCUUAACGUUGUUUGGUAGUGAAAAACUUUAUUUUUUGUGUAUCAAACCAUAAUGAUUUUUUUUGUACUUUAAUGUCUUUGUGGAACUCCUCUUAUAGAGGGUGUGCUUAAGUCUGAUGGUGCGCGGACCUUUAGGGGGUUUGACCAUAGGUGGUUUGACCACAGUGGGGCUUUGACCAUAACAGGGAUUUGACCAUAGGGAAUUUGACCAUAGGGGAUUUGACCAAAGAUAUUUUCUCAGCAGAGGGUCUUUGAUCACAGGUGGUUUGUCAACGGUUGUUUGAUCACAAGCGCCGUGUCCAUCUUUGAACAGGUGUUUUGUCCAAUGCUGACAUUUGAUAACGCAUUGUCUAUAUAUGGUAAGGAUUAAUUUUAAAGUUGAGUAAUUAUAUUUUAAACUGCGGCAGGAUGUAAUAAUAUGUUAAUUCAUCAUGUAUAACUACAAGUCAUCUAAACCCCUCUAUGUCACAUCCAUGGAGAAUCUUGGAGAGUAGAGCACGUCAAAAAAAGGUAAAAGAACUAUUGUAUCGUGGACAUGAAUUUGGUUUCACAGAGAACGCCAGGACGGGUCACGCAUUUGGCGGUGUAUGAAGGAUCGCACUUGUAAGUGCCAAGCUACAAUAGUUGCACAUCAUAGGCGAGAAGAUUCCUCAAUAUUCACACGAAGGAGACAUUAGCUAUGGUUUGGCAAAACGAGCUGUUGGAGAAAUUAAACGAAGACUUGAGGAUACUCUUGCUACACUAGCUGCAACACAAAUGACAGUCGCGUUAACUCUAGCAGAUCAUGUUUUGCACGCUUUACCCAAGAAAACUACUUUAUCAAGAGCAUUGAGAAAGCACAGACAGAAGAGUAAAGCAAUGCCUACUAUUCCUCAUGAUCUUGAAUUUUAGAUACCGGAGCGUGUUCAUCACUUCGUUCAACAUGUCUCGGGUCCAGGCGAUGAUCGUAUCAUCAUACUCGGUUGUCACGAGCUCAUCGAUGGCCUAGCAUGUGCACCCGUAUGGCUAGCAGAUGGAACCUUGAGACAGUGCCAUACUUAUUAUGAUUAACCUCCCUCUGUGGUCAAACCCCCUAUGGUCAAAGCUCCGCUGUGGUCAAACCCCCUAUGGUCAAACCCCCUAUGGUCAAAGCUCCGCUGUGGUCAAACCCACUAUGGUUAAACCCCCUAUGGUCAAAGCUCCGCUGUGGUCAAACCCCCGAUGGUCAACACACCUAUGGUCAAAGCACCUGUGGUCAAAGCACCUAGGACCAGUCUGAUUACCUGUUAACCCAAUCUUUAUAAUUUUCCUUAAUCCAACUUGAAAAUUUUUUUUUAGACUAAUAGUUAAAAUAAUCAUAAAACAAAAAUUCUUUUUUUUGUGUGUUAAUUAAAUCUAUAACUGAUAGUUUGUUAGAUUAAUCCAUUUAAAUUGAUUUCUCUAGUAAAACAUCAUUUUUUCAACCAUAUUUAUUUUAAAUUCAUUUCUAUAAUCAAAACACAAUCUUGGUAAUGUUUGUAGAGUGUUGAAAUCCUAGAAGUUACAAUCAGUAUUAUACCAUCAAUUUAUUCAAACUUUUUCAAUAGAAGUCAGAGAUUGAUGUACUUUUAUUUUGACUACUUUUUAAAAAUUGAAUUUUCUGCCCUUGAAGUACAUACCCUAUGAUUUAUCAAGGAUCAAGAAUAAUUCAUAACUUCAGACAGCAGUAUAAAAUAAUUCCAACAAUUUAUUUUCAUCAAUGCAUUGUGUCUAGCAGUGUAAUUAUCUCCCUUCUCACUCUCUUGAUGCCAGGAAUCUAUAAGAGUUUAGGAAUCAAGAAUGGAUUAAAAAUCUUUAAUUAUAAUUGAACAUGACUAAAACCUAUUUUGCUCAAUGCACUACCAUUGUUGUUUGAAGAACUGUUUACUUAAAAAUUGGAAUUAAAAAAAAAUUAAAUGAAAAGUUUUUAAUUAAGGCAUCUGAAGAUUGAUCCAAUAUGUACAUAAUUUUCUGGUAUUUUGUCAAGUUAUGCUGGUUGUUAGAUUUGAUCUCUGUUAUUUUGUGAGUAAAUCAAAUGUUUGUUAUUUUUUUUACUGUUGGGGAACACUUUAAAUAUUUUUAUCGUGUAUAUGAAAAAUUGUUGAUUAAACUAAAGCACAUGUUUUUUUUUUCCAAUUUAUUUAAAGUUUAAAUGAAAUGGCUCACAAAACUGGUAUAAUUUUAACUUUUGCAAAAUUAUUGUUCAAUUUUAUUGUUGAUCACGAUGUUUCAAAAAAUGUUAUUGUAAUUUAUUUAUACUAACAAAAAAUGGAUGGGUACCCAGAUACAAAAUGUACAACUCCGAGUUGCAAUAGUUUUUUCUCACUUUUUAAGAGGUUGUCACUUCAUGUUAAAAUUGUUUCUAACUUUGUGUUGUCACUCAUUAGAGUUGCCACUCCUUUUUUUUCACUCCUUGUUAGAGUUUUUUUUCACUCCUUGUUAGAGUAAUUCCUCUUUGACUGAGUUAUCAAUUGUUUUAAAAAAACAUUUAAUUUAAAAUUUAUGACAAUAGCGCAAAGCUAAAACAAAUUUAGAAAAAUAAUUUUCACUCAUAUUGCUGAAUGACACUACACAAUAUUUGAAUCAAAAUAAUUUAGUUUACGUGUUUCAAAUAUUAUGUAUAAUUUGUAUAAUUUAUAGAUUAUAAUAUUAGAAUGGUACUAUUAACAUUCCUAUACAGAUCUAAUGGACUAGUACAGUUAUAAUUAUUAUUUAUAGUAUUUAUACAAGUAGGCUAGAUUAAUUUAUGUUUUCAAUUAUAACUUCACAAAAUCAUGUAACAGAAAUUUAUACACUUUAAAGAAUAUAAAGCUGACACUUCAAUACUAUAAUUUGAAGUAGUGAUAUAGAACUGUAUUUAGAAAAAUAAAUUAAGCAGAAGGCUUAUUAUUUUAUGUUUUUAAAUGUUUUUUAAUUUAAUAUAAAGCAAUAGGCGUUGCAUGUUUUUAAAUGUUUUUUAAUUUAAAAGAAAGCAGUUGGCCUGGUAUGUUAUUACAUGUAUGUUUAAUUUAAUACAACAUAGUAUUAUGUCUUUACAUUAGUUUUUUUAAUUUAAUCUAAAGCAGUAGUAGGUUUUUUCAAAAUGAAUGAUAUUGUUACAAGUAUUUGAUGUUUGAAUUGGACUAUCAUUGGACUAUUUUUAAUUGGACCAGUUUGUAGCAUCCAUUUUCCCUUUACUCUAGUCCUGAUGAAUGGGUUUGUGGGGAAUCUGGGUGGAUUGUGUGUGUACAUACCUUGAAUUUCAUUACGAAAUGUAUAAAUCAUGUUAUAUACAUAGAGGCACUUCUGAGGUAUAGACCCCUACCUGUAGUCAUGUUUCUUAAUAAUUCUUAAUAAUAAAAUAGUGGACCACUAUGCCCUAAUAGCCAUGUUUCUUAAUAAUAAAGAAGUCGACCACGCCUAAAAAGCCAUGGUUCUUAUUAAUAAAGAAUUGGACCACUAUGCCCCAAAAGCCAUGUUUCAUUUUUCUCUUUCUUCCUCCCUCCCAACUGGCACAAAAUCCUUUUAUCUAAAUAAUUGAUCUUGUGUCUAUUUGUCAAAAUUAGGCGGUUACAAACUGCUAUGUUUAUCUUACAUAUCAGUGACAGCUUUAAAAGAUUUAAGAUGGGAUAGGUCCAACAUAUAAACCAUAUAUAAAACACAACUUCAAUUUUAAAAAUUUUUAACAUUAUUUAAUUUUUUUUUUUAUCUAAGUCUAGCAAAGUGAUCUGUGGUAAUUUGACUGUACAUAUCAUAAAGUUUUUGUGUGCCAGAUUUUUCAGUUGAAACAUGCCAACGGGAUUCCAUGAAUCUGAUAAACCUUUGUAUUGUGAACAUUUUUAUUUCAAUAAAUAAAUUUUGCGGCUUAGCC